AUGGAUUUUGACCCACAAGCAUUUGAACAUUAUUUGAAUAAUAAUAAUAAUGACCAAAACAAUAAUAAUAACAAUGAUUUGGUAAUUCAAUUAAGUGCUCAAGAUAGAAUUGUCUUAAAAGAUAUGCAUAAGACAUUAAUUCGUGAGAACAUUACGAAAAUGUCAAAUGUAUUUGUAUUUUUGGAGGAGGUUGAGAUUGGUGUCUACAAUAUCCUCAAAUAUACACCACCCAACGUAAAGGAUAACCCUUUGUUCCAAAAUGAAUUGAAUCCAGCCAUGAGAAAGGCAUUGGUUCAGAAUAUACAAAUUCUCAAUUCGUUCCAGGCUCUCAUCAGUUCAUUGGGUUCCAUCUCGAUCAUCUUAAGAAAAGGAGCAGAGGUUGUCGACCGAAACAAGGGAAAGGGUGAAUGUGUUGCCAUUGCUGCCUCCAACAUGAAGAAUUCCUUUACAAAAUUGGAUGAAAUCAAAGAGAAACUUAAGAUUUUUGAUAUCGCCGUUUUGGAAACAUUUGACAAGAAUGCUGAAACCAUUAUGAAUUUGGCUGGUCCUGAUGUUGCAGCCAGCUGGGUUAACGAAGUGGCCAAGGAGAACGAGAUAAUUGACCUACUCAGAAGAAAAAUUGAAACCAUUGAAACUGAGAAAUCCGUCAUCAUUGGAGAGAUCCAAAGUUUGAAUGAAUACCUCAUUUCAUUGGCUGGUGUAGUAAAUAGACAACAAGAGUUUGUAAACUCAAUGGUUUCUCAACUAUCAUCUUUGCAAGCAGAUAUCAAUGUAUCAAAUGAUAAAAUGAACAGUAUUCCAGAGACUAUCAAAAUAACGGAGACACACACUUCAAGAGGUGGUUGGUUUUUCCGUAGACGUUCACACACUACCACAGUAGUAAAAGAUGUUCGUAAUCCAAAUAGAGAUGCUGACAGAGCAUUCCAUCAAGAGGUUAUCAAUAGUAAGGUGCAAUCAUUUAAUCAUAUUUCAGACUCAAGAGAGAGAGCAAACAAACAACAAUUAGCUUUUGAAAAGGAUAAAUCAGACAUCACCAACAGAAUUACCUUCAAGAGAGAACAAUUGAAACAAUAUCUCGAAGGUGAGAAAUUCAAACAAUGUUGGAGGAAUCAAGAAAAAGUUGAAAACCAAACUGGUCUAAGAGGUGAUGUCUUAGUUAAUUUCUUGGCUGAGACCAGAAGUUUUAUUAAGGCUUCAAAGAGUGGCGCAACCGCUGUUACUCCAAUCAUUGGUUUCAUUGAUAACGUCCAAUCACAAUUCUUGAUUGACUUCCAAAUGUUUGAAUCUCAAUCUAAGAAACCAGAGGUUGAAAGAGAUAUCAAGGAGAUCUAUGCUGCUGGAAAAUCAAUGCUCUGUGAAAUUGGUCUUUUGGAUGCAUGUAUUAAAUAUUCUUUUUAUAAGUUUAAUAAAUCAAAUAAAGUUUUAAUUUUUUGGGCAUUGAAAUACACAGAGUUCUCUUCGAUAAUGCAAGAUGAAUUUACAAUUAGUACUACUACACUCUUAGAAAGAGUUAAAGAAAUAUUAAGAUAUAUUAACAAACGCGAAAUUCUCGAAUCAAUACCACAAGAGAUUACUAUUUAA